GAGAAGCUCUACAAGUGCCCUGAGUGCAGCAGAAUCUUCACGAACAAGGGCAACCUGACCCAGCACCAGCAGGCUCAUGGCCCUAAAAAAGUCCACCAGUGCAAAGAGUGCGGGAAGACGUUUAAGAAAAACAUGACCCUGAUCCACCACCAGCGCAUCCACACUGGUGAGCGGCCCUACAAGUGUAGGAAGUGCGGGAUGGCCUUCAAAUGCAGCAGCAGUCUGACCAAACACCAGCGCAUCCACACUGGUGAGCGGCCCUACAAGUGCGGGGAGUGCGGGAAGGGCUUUGUGCAGAAGUCAACCCUGAGGAGUCACCAGUGGACCCACAGCAGUGAGCGGCCCUACAAGUGUGAGGAGUGUGGGAAGAGCUUUGUGCAGAGGUCCCAACUGGUCAUACACCAGCGGAUCCACAGCAAUGAGCGGCCUUUCAAGUGUGGGGACUGCGGGAAGAGCUUUGCACAGAGCUCCAUCCUGAUCAGUCACCAGCGCAUCCACACCGGUGAGCGGCCCUACAAGUGUGGGGAGUGCGGGAAGGGCUUUGUGCAGAGGUCCCAGCUCGUCCCACCCCAGCGGCUCCCCCGCAGUGAGCGGCCCUACAAGUGUGAGGAGUGCGGGAAGAGCUUUGUGCAGAGGUCCCAGCUGGUCACACACCAGCGGAUCCACAGCAGUGAGCGGCCCUACAAGUGUGAGGAGUGCGGGAAGAGCUUUGUGCAGAGGUCCCAACUGAUCACACACCAGCGGAUCCACAGCAAUGAGCGGCCUUUCAAGUGUGGGGAGUGUGAGAAGAGCUUUGUGCAGAGGUCCCAACUGAUCACACACCAGUGGACCCACAGCAGUGAGCGGCCCUUCAAGUGUGGGGAGUGUGGGAAGAGCUUUGCACAGAGCUCCAGCCUGAUCAGUCACCAGCGGAUACACACUGGUGAGCGGCCCUACAAGUGUGGGGAGUGCGAGAAGAGCUUCAAAUACAGCAAGGACCUGACCAAACACCAGCGCCACCACACUGGUGAGCAGCCCUACAAGUGUGGGGAGUGCGGGAAGUGCUUUGCACAGAGCUCCAGCCUGUUCAGUCACCAGCGGAUACACAAUGGUGAGCGGCCCUUUAAGUGUGAGAAGUGCGGGACGGCCUUCAAGUACAGCAGCGACCUGACCAAACACCAGCGCAUCCACAGCGCUGAGCGGCGCUACAAGUGCGGGGAGUGCGGGAAGGGAUUUGUGCACAAGUUCAUCCUGAUCCAGCACCAGCGUUCCCACACCGGUGAGCGGCCCUACAAGUGUGGGGAGUGUGGGAAGGGCUUUGCAAAGACAUAUAACCUGGUGAAGCACCAGCGCAUCCACACAGACGAGCGGCCCUACAAAUGUACAGAGUGUGGGAAGGGCUUUAUACAGAAGUCUAACCUGAUCACUCACCAGGGGACCCACAUGGGUGAGUGGCCCUACAAAUGUGAGGAGUGCGGGAAGAGGUUCAUGCUCAGAGGCAGCCUGUCCAGGCACCAUCAGAUCCACACUGGUGAGCGGCCCUACAAGUGUGGAGAGUGUGGGAGGGGCUUUGUGCAGAAGUCAAACCUGAUGAGCCACCAGAAAACCCACACUGCUGAGCAGCCCUACGCCUGUGACCA